UCCUCUGGAGAAAUUAAUCCAAAGGCUAGACGAGUAAAAUUACCGUGGGCACAGCUACCGAAGAUAACAGCCUCUCCUACCAGUGAGUCAAACUAUCCGAAUCCUUUUUUUCUUGUUUUAAUGUAAAAUUGUAGCUGCAAGUUAGUAGUUUCUCGAAAGGGUGAAGAAUUUGCACGUGAGAGAGGGAGAAAAUGUCGUGCUUGGCAUCAUGCUGUGCAGCGAUGACCUGUGGGCUCUGUACAUCGGUGGCUUCAGGGAUCUCUCAGAAGUCAGCUCGACUCGCUUACUGUGGUCUCUUUGGUCUUUCUCUUAUUGUUUCUUGGGUCCUUCGAGAAGUUGCUGCUCCUCUCUUGAAGGAAUUGCCGUGGAUAAGCUCUUCUGAAACACAUUCGAAGCAAUGGUAUCAGAUACAAGCAGUUCUUCGUGUGAGCUUGGGGAAUUUUUUGUUUUUUGCAAUAUUUGCCCUUAUAAUGAUUGGUGUGAAGGACCAAAAUGACCGGCGAGAUUCAUGGCACCAUGGAGGAUGGAUAGCAAAGAUGGUUAUCUGGCUUUUGCUUGUAAUCAUUAUGUUUUUCCUCCCUGAUAUUGUCAUCUCAAUCUAUGGAACCAUUUCAAAAUUUGGAGCAGGACUAUUUUUAUUGGUCCAAGUCAUUAUAUUACUAGACUUUGUCCACUCUUGGAAUGAUGCAUGGGUUGCAAAAGAUGAACAGAAGUGGUAUGUUGCUUUACUUGUAAUAUCAAUCGCAUGCUAUCUUGUAGCUUUUACGUUCUCAGGAAUUCUGUUUAUCUGGUUCAAUCCCUCUGGCAAUGACUGUGGCCUGAAUGUCUUCUUCAUUGUCAUGACCAUGAUUCUUGCAUUUGGUUUUGCAGUUAUGGCGUUGCAUCCUUCGGUGAAUGGCAGCCUCUUGCCUGCUUCUGUGAUAUCAGUGUACUGUGCUUAUGUAUGCUUUACGGGUCUCUCCAGUGAACCUCGUGACUAUGCAUGCAAUGGUCUCCACAACAAAACCAAAGCAGUUACCACAAGUACCCUUAUUCUUGGGAUGCUCACUACAGUUCUCUCAGUGUUGUAUUCUGCUCUUCGUGCUGGUUCUUCAACAACAUUUCUGUCGCCACCAUCUUCGCCUAAGUCAGCCGCAAAGAAACCACUCCUUGAAGGCGAGGACGUGGAAGAGGGAAAAGAGAAGAAGAAAGAAACGGAAGCAAGGCCAGUUAGUUAUUCCUACUCAUUCUUCCACUUGAUAUUUGCUUUGGCCAGCAUGUACUCAGCCAUGCUUUUAUCUGGCUGGACAAACUCAUCUGAAAGCUCAGAUCUGAUAGAUGUUGGCUGGACAUCAGUCUGGGUUCGAAUCUGCUCUGAAUGGGUCACUGCUGCACUCUAUGUUUGGACACUUUUGGCCCCUAUACUUAUACCAGAUCGAGAGUUUUUCUAAGUACUCUGUUGAUGACUAUGCUUCGCAAACCCAAAAGUCACAAAUAUCCAAACUCCCAAGAAAUACCGUGCGAAGUUGAUCUGUUUACCUAUGCUCAGUUUGCCUAUUUUUCAUUUUAGCAGUUGAUAGAAUACGGUAGCGACAGACUUUGCUUGCGUUUUUCAUUGUAAUGUUCUAUAGCAGUCGAUGUGUAAAGCAGAUAUAUAUGUGUGUAAUGUAUAUGUAGUGCUUCUUAAGAAAAGUCAUUUCUUGAUUUGUUUGGUGACGUGAGGAGGAACCAACUGAAAGUGCUUACCUUGUGUGCUGGAGAUGGUAUCUAAGUAGUAUUCCAAUUCUUUUC